CUGGGGAAGGGGUGGAUCUAAUUUGCAGACGUAGCGCCGUCGGCACUCAGUCGUAGGGAUCCGGGCCUGGCCUGUCACUUUGGAGCCUGGCGAAGAGGUUACAUGGAGGCAGCCGUCAUCAUGGCGCUUACCGGGAGAAGGCCGAGUACCGAAGUCUCCUGACAAAAUGACGGGAAAAAGACAGAAUUUCCAACUUCCAACUGUAAUGCAGCCUGCAGUAGAUAGCCAUGGACAUUCAUUUGGGAAUGGUAUCAGUUCCGACAGCGAUGUGUUAGAAGAUGAAACAGAGGUGUAUGAACUGCGGCCCAGGGGAAAGGAGAAAGUCCGUCAAAGUACAUCAAGAGAGAGAAUUGAUGAUGUUAUAUUUAUAACCAAGGAUAUACAGGAAGGAGACACUUUAAAUGCAGUAGCUCUUCAGUAUUGUUGUUCAGUAGCAGAUAUCAAAAGGCUGAAUAAUCUUAUCACAGAUCAGGACUUCUUUGCACUAAGAUCCAUUAAAAUUCCAGUGAAGAAGUUCAGCGUAUUGACUGAGACACACUGCUUUCCAAAAAGCAGGCAAGUUUCAAGAUCUGCCUCUACUUCACACUCUGCAGAUUUCCUGGAUGCAACCCAAGUUCUUGAGAACACCACUGAGACUGUUGGUAACUUCUUGAAAGUAGUGGAUCGUGAUAUAGAACAAAUUGUGAAGUGUAAUGCUACAAAGAGAGAGAAUCUUAAUGAGGUUGUUUCUGCCUUAUCAGCCCAACAGUCAAGCUUUGAAGCAGAAGGUAAACCUGUCAAACGGAAAGAUCCUUACUAUGGAGCAGACUGGGGAAUAGGAUGGUGGACAGCAGUAGUGAUAAUGGUAGUGGUGGGCAUAGUAACACCUGUUUUUUAUCUUUUAUACUAUGAAGUUUUAGUUAAGGUGGAUGUCAGUCACCAUUCCACAGUAGAAUAUUCCCAAGUAAUGGCACCACCUUAAUGAAAACCACUGGAAAAUGAAGUAAAUCGUCAAGCUUCAUGAA